CCUGCCUGGCUUCUGACUUGGGGUGCGAAGGAGCCUCUCUGUCUUUCCCAGGCGCUGCACCCGUCGGCGAACCCUCCUGAAUUCUGAACCUGGUAGCACCUCCAGUCAGGACAGGCUUUGACCUGAGAAAGAAAUUGGCCAAAAAAAGAAGUGUCUUCCUUGGUGCACAGAUCAAAGAUGGAAGAGAAAGAUUUUGCUACCCCUGAAACAGGAAGAGGCCCCAAUGCUAUUAAGAUUUGGAGCAGUGGGGAAUUCUGGGAAAGCUCUGUGCAGAAGAUCCUGAGUGAGGAAGACACCCUCAGCUUAGAUGCACAGCACCAGCGUUUCAGGGAGAUCCGCUACCAGGAGUCUGAGGGACCCCGAGAGGUUUGCAGCCGACUCCAUCUUCUUUGCCAUCGGUGGCUGAAGCCAGAGCGACACACAAAGAACCAGAUGCUGGACCUGGUGAUCCUGGAGCAGUUCCUGACUAUCCUUCCACCGGAGAUGGAGAGCUGGGUGAGGGAAUGUGGAGCGGAGACCAGUUCCCAGGCGGUGGCCCUGGCCGAAGGUUUCCUCCUGAGCCAGGCAGAGGAGAAGAAGCAGGAAGAGCGGCAGGUAAAGGAACUGUUGACGGAAAAGAGAACUAAUUUCCCUGAACCAGAGAGAACUCCAUCAGACAGCAGACAAUGGCCUUUAGGCGAUGGAAUGAUGCCAGCAAGACCUCCUCACCAUCUCUUCUUUGUGGUGGUGAAGCAGAAGGAUCUGCGGUGGAACCGGAUCAGGGUCCCGUUUCCUUUGAGGAUUUGGUUGUGUAUUUCACAGAAGAGGAGUGGGCUCUGCUGGAUCCUGACCAGAGAGCUCUGCACAAGGAAGUCAUGGAGGAGAAUUGCAGGUUUCUGGCCUCUCUCGAAGAUGACGAAUGUGAAACCAAGAAUAAGGGAGAACUACUUGGGAAAAAGACACAGGAAAGAGGCAGAUGCAGAAAGAGGUUAGAGCAGAGAAGGAAAACUGAAUCUCACUGCAAAUUCCACACAGAGAAGAAAUAAAUGCCUGGAAUGUGGAAAGACCUUCAGAGCCAAUUCUAAACUUUUUAUCCACCAAAGAAUUCAUACAGGGGAGAAACCAUAUAAAUGUUUUGAGUGUGGAAAAGGCUUCAGAGAUGGUUAUAAACUAAGUCGUCAUCAAAGAAUUCACACCGGGGAGAAACCGUAUGUAUGUUUGGAGUGUGGAAAAGGCUUCAGAGAUGGUUCUAAACUAACUUGUCAUCAAAGAAUUCAUACUGGGGAGAAACCAUAUAAAUGCUUGGAUACAUCUCACACAUCAUGAAAGAAUUCAUACAGGGGAGAAACCAUAUAAAUGUUUUGAGUGUGGAAAAAGUUUUAGUCGGAAGAAAAAUCUCACAAAACAUCAAAGAAUUCACACCAGAGAGAAACCAUAUAGAUGCUUUGAGUGUGGAAAGGGCUUCAUUCAGAAGAUAUUUUUCACUAAUCAUCAAAGAAUUCACACAGGGGAGAAACCAUAUCGGUACUUGGAAUGUGGAAAGAGCUACAAUCAGAAGGGACAACUCACUGUCCAUAAAAGAAUUCAUACAGGGGAGAAUCCAUAUAAAUGUUUUGAGUGUGGAAAAGGCUUCAGAGAUGGUUAUAAACUAACUUGUCAUAAAUUCAUACUGGGGAGAAACCAUAUAAAUGCUUGGAAUGUGGAAAGAACUUCGGCCAGAAGAUACAUCUCACACAUCAUGAAAUAAUUCAUACAGGGGAGAAACCAUAUAAAUGUUUUGAGGGUGGAAAAAGUUUCAGUCGGAAGAAAAAUCUCACAAAUCAUCAAAGAAUUCACACGGGAGAAACUGUAUCAGUGCUUGGAAUGUGGAAAGAGCUACAAUCAGAAGAAACAACUCACUGUUCAUAAAAGAAUUCACACUGGUGAGAAACCAAAUCAAUGCUUGGAAUGUAGAAAGAGCUUCAGUCACAGUUCUAGCCUUUCUUCCCAUCAAAAAAUCCACACAGGAGAAGCCAUAUAAAUGCUUGAAAUGAGAAGAGAGCUUUCAUUGGAAAGAACAGCUCACUACUCAUCAAAGAAUUCAAAUGGGAGAAAAACCAAAUAAAUGCUUGUAAUGUGGAAAGAACUUCAGUAGAAGGUCCUCUCUCAGUUCCCAUAAAAAAAUUCACAUACGGGAAAAGCUCUUUUUUAAAAAAAGGUGUGCAGAGGGGAGGAAGUGUGAAAGAGUUUCAAAAGGAGUGCAAACUUUUGUUGUCAUCAACAAAUUCACAAAGGACCCAGUCAGGUACUUCACACCAUUAGGUAGUGAGGCUGGCAGAUUGAUUCACUGUACUUGCAUAUCUUUGUGUGCUGAGAUCUCUAUUGUUUUUAUCUUCUUCCUUUGCUGUGAGUGUAACGAGCACUGUACUCUGUUCUUCUUUUCUGUUUUAAUGUUCUUUUUAUGCGCUUCUUGGAAGAUCAAUAAGAUAUAU